CACCUCAGCACACUGCCCUCGGUCGGUUAUAGAUCCUCACUGCACGCGGGGAGAGGAGUAUAGCAGCGCUCUCUGGCUCCUCUCAUCUCAUUCUCUAGAAGAUGGCGGACUGCGCUUCACUGUUAGACGAGGAGCUCUCCUCAUUUGUCUUCAAUUACUUGACUGAAAACUCCGGCAGCCAGUAUGGGGAAGAGGAGGUCUGCUCAGACCGCCUGGAUGCUGACUUCCCUGACUUUGACCUCUCGCAGCUGGACGCCAGUGAUUUUGACUCAGUGAACUGCCUCAGUGAGCUGCAUUGGUGCAACGAGCACUCAGAUCACUCCCCUGCCUCCAUACAGUACAGCGGCGGGAACCCAGAGCUAUUCGAGGAAGAAAAUGCGGCACUGCUCGCUGCCCUCACAGACAGCCUGGACGGCAUUGUUGAGGACGGAGUCGGGGGUCUGUCUGUGUUCCCUUCGCUGGGGGACGACCCUGAGGAGGGCGAGGAGGAGGAAGAUGACCUCCCUUUGGACAGUGAGCCCCUCCCUGGCUCAUUGAGCCCAGAGACAGAAGACCCAUCUCUACUCAAAAAGCUCUUGUUGUCGCCCCCUAAUGUCCCCGCGGGCCUCGAUUCGCACAAAGACGUGCAUCGCCAUAGCAGCAGGAGCCAGCACGUCAAACCCGUGAGGCCUGUGCUCAAGAAGGACAAAUCAAGCACACAGGAGCGUAAGCCACGACCAGUGAGGCCCUCCGGUCGUCUUUGCACUGAACUCCACCGCCACCUCACCACCGCACCUUCAGCUGACACAGAGGAAGAGGAGGAAGAUGAAGAGGACAGUGACUCGGAGGAGGAGGAAGAGGAGGAGUCAUCCAGCAGCGAGGGCGAGAGCAUGGUGUGCGUUGAGCCGGCAAAGCCUCAGUUCUCCUCGGAGAAGGAACUGCUCUCUGUAGUGGAGCUCAUCAAAUACAUGCACACGUACUGCCUGCCCAUACGCAAACAGGCCAGCUGGGAUCGCAAAGAGCGUAAGGCCAAGCCUGAGAGCUCGCAGGUCUCCCGCAGCCUUCCUGUGAACUCUCAGAAACCGGCUCCGCAGACCAGGCCGAGGGCUCCUUUCACUCGCCGCAGGGAAAUCAAAGCCCACUCCCUGCUGAAGGAGCUGCUAGAGGCCGUCAGCUCAUUUGACGUAAGCAAGCCUUACAGAAUGCACAGCCCCCCUUAUAUCCACUGCAGAGGGGCUGCGACUCGGCUCGGCACUGACCUUUCUUCCUCCUCUGCACGUCAGCCCAAAGCCGAACCUAAAGACUCGGACUCCGAGAACUGGCAGAAGGCCGCAAAGCGCACCAAGAGCCCCGAGCCAGAAGAAGGCUCCUUUUCGGUCAGGCGUUCUCGCCGGCUGGCCUCCUUCCCCAGCCGAUUCGCUAAAAAAGUGCGUGUGAACUGUGGCCGGUCGGAACCCAGUGUUGUGCAAUCGAGCGAAGAGGAGAACGCGGUCAAGCAUCCUCCCGCUGAGCCUCCUUCUGAUAGCAGGCAGAAGAGCAGCUCCCACAAGGCGUUUGAAGCCCAUAACCCAUGCUGCAGUGAUGAGAAACGCUCCUGCCUCUGUUUGCCGCUGGUGUCCAAAUCCAACGGAGACGUGCAGUAUGCCAACAAGCCCUUUGAGCAGACUCUCUCUGUGGAACUGUGUGGCACAGCAGGCCUGACUCCCCCCACCACACCCCCUCAUAAACCAGUGGAGGACGAGCUCUUCAAACCAGAUGGAAAAGCUGAGCUCACCACCAAGAGCUCUUGCCUGGCACGGGCGCACAUACGCAAGCUCCCAGAGCAGACGGAGCUGUACGCCCAGCUGCGCCGGAUGGGCCAAACGGGCGACUCGGACGCUAAGGGAGGGACGCAACGGGUGUACGGGGACCACGAUUACUGCCUGUUGGGCCUGGGAGAGAGUUGCAAGGCGAUGGCAGCUGUACUAGGCUCUCAGUGCCGUGUGGAGGUGCAUGAGAAGGAGGAGAUGGCUGUGAAGAAUGGGGAGCUGGAGGGACUGGAGGAGAGGCUCCUAACUGAUUGCCAGCAAAGGACUGAGGCUGAUUCGCCCGUGGCGUUGUCUACGCCCGGUCCAGAGCAGACCAGUCAACCCUCACCUGUCCGCACUCCCACCCCCGAGCUGGAUGCCCAGUCCCCAGUUUCCAGUUCGCCCCCCUCCCCAGGCUGCAAACUCCCCUUCAGCGAUGAGAGCUCAGAGACAUGCCACGGAGCAGCUGAGAAAAGGAGCAAGACAAAGUGUGGACUAGAGAAUGAUGUGAACAAGUGCCAAGUGAUCUACAUUCACAACCUUCCGAGCAGCGUCACUCAGUCCAUGCUGCGUAAGCGCUUCGAGGCCUUCGGUCGGCCAGAGGACUGUAAAGUGGUCAUCAAAAACGAGGAGCGUUGUGGGGUGAUCACGCUGAGAGCCGCUCAGAACGGCCAGACCUCACGGCACAGGUGGGACUCGCUCGGUCCGAGCGGAGGGAGCGGCAGCCGGCGGUUCGGCAGGAAGCGUUACAUCGAUCUGGAUGAGGCGGGUCCCGGUCCGUUGAAGAGCAAAUAUGAUGCACUGGACUUUGACGCUCUGCUGAAAGAGGCCCAGAGGAGCCUGCAUCGCUGACACGCGCCUUACCACGCCUCCAGCCUCACGCCCCGUCCCGGACUCGCCUCAGCACCUCAAACAAGGCACUUCUUCAUGUUUACAUUUUGAACAUUGGAAUAAAAAAAAAAAUGGACCUUGUCACUUCUGAGGAUCGGAGGUCAUUGGGGCGGGAGGAUUACAAAGGAACAGAAACAGCUCUGAGACACUGGACACAAGUGCUGCUUCUCGUGUGUGGUUGAUGCCAUUCGUGAUGUUGCGAGCGGCUCGGGCUUCGUAGCAAACCGCACUCUUUUCCAUCGGUUGUUGUGACGUUCGUGUGCUUUUUUCUGUUUUUUUUUUUUUAUUUGUACCCCUUUGUCACUCUUCUUAGACCUGCAAGGUGCUUUCACCGUUUUGUCGUACAAAUAUAUAAACAAUAACAGCUUUGUAUUAGCGAAACUUUGUGGAUGUUCAACUCUGUGUGUGUGUGUGUGUGUGUGUGUGUGUGUGUGUGUUACGAUGGAUUAAAAGUGGAUUAAAAAAAAACGACAAACAAAAAAAUCCUACAAGGUAGAGUUUACAGAUCAAUAAGUCAAGAAAAAAGUAGUCUUUUUGUAAUUUUAGUGCUUCCUUGAUUUCAUCUAUGCACUCAAACGAGGUAGUGCUUCUUUAGUCUGGCCUCUGCCCUCCUCUGGUGUUUAAGGGGCUUUUGCUGCUGGCUGUCAGACACAACCGAGUCCAAACCCGACUGUGUUAUCUUAACGCUGAAGUGUGUCAUUUUUUUGACGUUAAAAUACUCCAAUCCCAGCCAAAAGCUGUUCAAGUAAACACAAAUCCUAAAAAGAGUAUCAAAACAUUUAGUUUGAGCAGCCUGACACAUUAGGGGCGGAGCUUUCUGUUUGGCUGACCGAUUGGAAACCUGUUUGAAAACCGUCAUUAUGUUUGGUGCAGAGCUACACACUUCAUCUUUAAUUCACCAGUUGCUGUUACUGUUUUACGUGUCGGAACGCGACCCAAUCUGGUUUAGAAUCCCAAUCUGUCGGAAACGGUUUUCAAGAAUGUACCUAUCACGAAACACGCGAUUGUAAUGCCCAUCCUGUUGGUCUAGAUUCGAAAGUACAGUUGAGCGUUUAGACUCUCCCAGUAGCAUAGCCCUACCAGACAUCCAGGCUUUUGCUGAGAGAAGGGUGGCGGUAAACUAGGAGGAAGAUCUUUCCAGAGCUCAAUCUCAUUAGAGAUACGGUCGUAUCUCUGCUUUGUUUACGUGUCACUCUCUCAUACUCUUUCUCUCUAUAAGCUCAAACACUCUUUUUUUUUUUUUUUAACUCUCUCCUUUCUGACAGGGGAAGAUCUGCGGGUUUUUUCUAGCUCUUACCUUGUGGCUACUUCUCUCUUUGUCCUUUGUGUGUGUUUUUUGAAGUCUAAACGUGUACCAGUGUAUAACUGCGUGUCGUUUGUGUCUUUUACGGGGUCUAGGGAUGGCUCCGUCCCUUAUUAUAUGCUGGGACCUGUUGCUUUUAUUCUGCGGGGGUCUCCUCGAACCUUCGGCCUGUGGAUCUAGUGCAGUUGUGAGUGUGUGUGUGUGUGUGUGUGUGCUGGUUUAGGGAGAGCCGUCAGCCUCUCUUUACUCCCUAACUCUCCCCUUUAGCCAGAAACACACCCCAAACCUGAAUGUUUACAUGACUGAAUUCUCUUUCGACUUUUACUAGAGCGCACACUAAGUACAGAACGCCUUAUUCAGUAUUUAAGUACCCUAUUAGGAUGUGCCUUUCGGCUUUCCCUUUUACGGUACUGAGCUGUUACUUGGACACGACCUCUGAAUAUUACAGCCGCUUUUGUCCAAUUUGCCCUAUAAGAGCUUCAGAAAACAAACUGAAUGAGUGUUUGUGCUUAGUAUGUAUACUACAAAGUAAGUGAGAGAUGUGCUGGUUUACAUGAUUAUGUAUAUAUAUAUAUAUAUGGAGAAGUAUAUAAUGUGUAUAUAGCACUGUGUCUUGUGUAAACAUGAGAUGUAUGGAUAUGUGCUGUACAGCGAUGUGGUAACGUGUGGUUUUAAAGGGUGGCUCUGAUUGGUUGUUGGUGAACCCGAUGAUGCAGCAUUAAGCAAUACAGGGAGAUCCAGAAGGGAAUUGUUCAUUGAUAUGGCUUCAUAAGUCAAACACAGUUGUAUAAAGUGUCCCUUUAGAAAUGGUUCUCUUUAAUGACUUUAAGAUUAAGCGUUUUUCUUUUUUUAUGCAAUUGAGAUGCAAUACCGCUGAGAGAGCUAAGAAAGCUUUUCUUAUAACGGAAGGCUUUAUUGAAGAGAUUGGUUGUAUUAAGGGUAAUCGAAUCCUGUACUGUAUGUUGUAGACGGCUCGGAUGGUUCGAAAAGAAGGUCGACGUUUAGAAUCGCUGGCCUAGAGGGACUUUUUUUGUU